AUGUUGAAUACUAAUGAUCCAGUAAACCAUUGCAUCGAGUACGAAAAAACAGUUAGAACGAGCAAAGAUAAGCAAGAUAUUCUGGACAAAAUAAAUAGUAGACGGGAUAAAGUGGCAUCGGGUGAUAUUCGUUCUCUACCUUCUGCUGAAAAUAUGAUGAAAAUGGUAUGGAGUGAUAGUUUACAAAGUUCUGCUCAACGAUGGGCAGACCGUUGUUUGCCAUUUAAAGAAUUGGACUAUAAAUAUGUUUGUGGAGAUUCGGAUGGCGUUAAAAUCGGUCAAAAUAUCGCAACAGUGGUUGGCGAUUCGCCCGGUCUGACGCCGGCGAUAUUAGUGGACGUAUGGUACAUGGAACUUUUGAACAUGAACUAUUCCUUAAUAUCACGAUAUCGUCAAGCUAAUCAAACACGUCAACAUCAUUAUGACUACUUCACACAACUAGCUUGGGCAGUAUCCUAUCAAGUAGGAUGUGGUGGAGUUAAAUUUAAGGAGUUGACGAACGACAGAAGAAAUAGAACAAUCAAUAGAUUGGUUUGUAAUUUCUCGCCAAGUGGUAAUGAAAUCGGGCAACCAGUAUAUCACGAAGGUUAUCCUUGCUCUCAAUGUCCUUUUGAUGGAUCCUGCGACAUGAAAUAUAGAUUUUUGUGCAAUGCUGAAUUUCAAGAAAAUAGCAAAGGAAUUAUGAACAACAGUAAUGAAGAAGUUAUUAUUAGUAACAAUCAUAAUGCUUCAACUAAUGCAAAACUAACAAAUACUAGUGGAAAUAUAACGAACAUUAAACAGCCAUUAAAUACGGACAAAUAUUCCAACGCUGUUCUUGACAAUUUUCGUUCAGAACAUGGUGAAGAAAACGUAACAGGAUAUGAUUAUUUCGCUCACAUAUUACACCUUACUAGUUCUACUGAAAAAGCUACAAGUCCUUUAAAAACCUGCAAAGACGUAAUACCAGUUGAAGAUUUUAUUGAGAUAUUUAAGAAACGUUUGUUAAAAGAUCAAACGUUAAAACAAUAUUUAUUAGCAUCAAAAGUAUUGGAAGGUAAAGAAAAUCUUGAAAAUGGCUACAAUGAUGCCACCGUAGCUGAUAUUAUAAAUCAUAUUCAUAGUACUAAAACAACACCAACAACUAAUAAACCAACUGAGCCGGAUUAUUUUAACUCAACUUUACUUGCCAAUUUAGUUGAGGCAGUAAUAUUUAAAAAUAACGAUAAUUUAUCCACAAUAGAUGCAGUAGAAGAUUCUACCAAUUCGAUGUCAGAUGUUAGUGCCAUAAAAAUUAAAGCUGAAUAUGGAGAAGUUAUGACUAAUUUAUAUUCUACUGGACAUUAUUUCUUUCCUGAAGAUGACAAUGAACAGAAUGCUAACGAAACUACAGAAUCGUAUUAUGAUAAUACUAGUCCCGCUGUUUCUGAUAUUGUACUGGAAAUACAGGAAUUAAAACGAGGUCAAGGAACCAAAGAUUUUUUGGAUGAAAUUAUUGAUUCUGAUUUUGAUACAGAUAAUGUAACUAAGUUUGAUUUUCCAUCAUCUACUUUGUUAAAUUCGGAUGAAAAUGGAAGUGAUAAGAUUUUGCCAGAAAAUAUUAAAAUUACAUUGACAAAGGUACCUUGGAAUAGACGUAAACGAUCAUCACUAAAGGUACAAACAGAUAUGAAGUUUCAAAUAAGUGACAAAGAUCGGAAAAGAAAGAGUUAUAAAGAACGAAAUAGUGAAGACAUUCGCGUAAUUAAUUAUGAGGAUUUAUUGAGAAAACUUGCAUCAGAUUUAGGGGCCCUGAAACUAAAUGAGCGAUUUCAUUGCACUGGAGCAAUUUCUAAUUCGACCCAAAUUAAAUCAUUUUUUUUUACUUCUUUGCCCUCUAUAAUAUAA